GUGUUCCCACCUGCUCCAUCGCCGGCGUCCGACACGCCAGCUCGAUGGUCCUGCUUCCCCGCGGACCCCAGCCUCGGUGUCGAGCUGUCGGAAGAUGCGCUGCUGUGCGUCCUUUCCAAGCUGACGGCCGUGGACGCGCUGCGGCGAGCCAAGGCGGUCUCCAUGGCGUGGAGACGGGCCGCUCGCGACACGCUCUGCUCUCUUGACUGGCUCGUCUCCAGCGGCGUGACGCUGCUCUCCCUCCUCAAAGUCGGCAGCCCCUCGCCCGCUCUCGCGGUGUCGCUGGCUGAGGCGAGGCCUAGCCUGCUCAAUGAACGGGACGUCGAGGGGAUGUUGCCGCUCCAGUUCGCCGCCGCCUACCGGAAGGGGAGGCCGCUCGUCCUCGCCCUCCGCGAGGUGACCGCUGGGAGAGUGCCGGGCGGCGUGCCGGCCCUGUCAGCGGAGCUCUGCAGGCUCAGGCUCCGCCCAGUCCACACGCGGGUGAGGGAGGCGCCCGUCGCGGCGUGAGUGACGCCGGGCGAGUGGUCCCGUCAGAUGGUCGGAACUAAUCCCGGCAGGUCACCCGGUCGAGGCGAUCGCGGCGUGACUCAGGACCGCGGUUUGAUUGAUGAUGUGUGACCGCGUUUGCGCAGCGCGUCCUGACAGAACACAGAAGCGUUGUUUGCAUGUGCACAUGUGCAUGUGCAUUGCAAUACUCCCAGACGACGCACCCAGCGGAUCGA